AGGGCGAACCCCCAGGGGGACGGGGGAGGGGGGAUAGGCUCGGCACCAACAAAACCCCAAAUGGCGGCAGUGACCAUCUUCGGCAGCGCUUCCCUCCACUCCUCCAUUGCCGACCCUGUCCGAGGAGGGAGUCACAGGCGAUCGUCGGCUCCUCGGCUUCUUCCCUCUUCGUCUACCCCGGCGCGGUUCUUCGGCACCCGCGGUAGUCGGAUCUCAUGCCGCUCCUCUGCGCCCGCACACUCCGCCAUUUCCGGAUCCAAAGAAAGCGAACUGAAAUCAGGACCGAAGGAUUUUCUCCACAUCAGCGACUUUGACAAGGCUACAAUCCUUAAGAUCAUCAAUCAGGCAGUGGAGGUCAAGGCACUGUUAAAAUCAGGAGACAGAACUUUCCUUCCCUUCAAAGGAAAGACUAUGGCCAUGAUUUUUGCUAAGCCAUCCAUGAGGACCCGUGUUUCAUUUGAGACAGGCUUCUUCUUGCUUGGCGGCCAUGCCAUUUACCUGGGUCCUGAUGAUAUCCAAAUGGGUAAGCGUGAGGAAACUCGUGAUGUUGCUAGAGUACUUUCGCGCUACAAUGACGUCAUUAUGGCACGUGUAUUUGCCCAUCAGGAUAUUUUGGACCUUGCCAAAUAUUCUUCGGUACCAGUUAUAAAUGGCCUGACUGACUAUAACCAUCCAUGCCAGAUAAUGGCUGAUGCACUUACAAUUGUUGAACAUAUUGGUCAGUUGGAAGGAACCAAGAUUGUCUACAUUGGAGAUGGGAACAAUAUUGUCCACUCAUGGCUUCUGUUGGCAUCUGUAGUUCCUUUCCACUUUGUAUGUGCUUGCCCAAAAGGAUUCGAGCCAGAUGAAAAGACUGUUGAUAAGGCAAGAAAUGCUGGAAUUAGCAUGAUAGAGAUUACAAAUGACCCCAAGGAGGCAGUACGAGGAGCAGAUGUUGUGUAUUCAGAUGUUUGGGCUAGCAUGGGCCAAAAAGAGGAGGCUGCAUACAGAAAGCAAAAGUUCCAAGGUUUUCAGAUUGAUGAAUCAUUGAUGGAGAUUGCAGGACCAAAAGCUUAUUUUAUGCAUUGCUUACCAGCGGAGAGAGGCAUUGAGGUCACUGAUGGUGUCAUUGAAGCGCCCAACUCCAUCGUCUUCCCCCAGGCUGAGAACCGUAUGCAUGCUCAGAAUGCCAUCAUGCUCCACUUAUUUGGUCUCUAGGAUUGUAUUUGUUCCUUUCGAGAGAUAAGGCUACAUCUGGGCCAUCCAUUGACCACUCGAUCUGUGUCUGUCUUCUUCUCAGUAGAAUCCUCUAGUUGGACAUUGUAGUGGCACUUUGUUGGGUUUUCAGUUAGUGGACCUGCCGCGGAUCAGAUAAAUAGCGACAUGUAAGGAGUUGCUUUUGUCGAAUGCCGUGUCUUUUCUCCCU